UCAUACGGCAGCAAAUCGGGGCCCGAAAUAUGAAAGCUCAGCGAAGCACAUGUUGUCGUGCGAAUUGAAUCAAGGCGGCCAUACGCGUCGACCGAUAACCCCUUGUCGCAUCACCUCUCUCUGAACGUUUUUUCCUUGCUUUGGCUGCACAAUGGCCGGACGCUAGAAGUCCAGACUCCAGAGUGGUCUUCUGGUCGGUCUCGCUCCAUGACCUGAAUCCGAAGCUACCUCACGUACUUUUCCCUAAACACCUGGACCACACCAACGGCACACGCAUCGCACUUAUCAACCCCACAAUGUCGUCUACCCGCACCUCAUACAUGGCAGACUUAGGACUGUCGUCCUCAAUAUCCUCGUUGUCGUCCUCGGCAGCAUCGCGGCCCGGCCACUCGUCCUCACACAUAUCCAAAACAUAUCGCCAAGCCUCGACACUGUUUCUCACGCGUCGCUUGCCCGAGGCGCUGUCUACCGUCCUACCACUGGUCACGCCGCCAGAGUCUGACGAUCCCGAAGCUCCCUUUGAGCCCGCCCCGGUAGCCAGAGCCUCGCGGUCUUCUAGGAUCAAAGUAUGGAGCCUAUACCUGACAGUUCUAAACGCAAUUCUCGAGCUGGACACGGACGAGGGCAAGGAUACGUUUGGGACGCAGGAAUGGCGAGCUCUCUGCCACAAAGUGCGCGAGGGCGAGGUUUGGGAGGAGGUAGUCCGCAAUGGCUACCACGGCGUUGAGGGGGAUGUGGAUGCAGAUGUAGUCAUUAACCUAGCCACCCUACUCCUCGCCCACGCCAAAACCCAGACCGUCAACCAACAGCGCCUAGAGAACUACCUAGCCUCAGCCCGCACCCCGAACCUCGACAACAUUUCAGACCGUUUCCCCCCUCCAACAGCCAGCAGCACCGGUGCCCCGCACCAAAACCCCAAACGCCACCGCUCGCACUCCUCCUCUUCCCGCACCGGCCGCCGCGGUCACGCCGCCGCCGCUGCCAGUGGCGCCGACACGCCGCGCGACCUCAACGCGCGGGUCAAGCUGCUGGAGCUGUACACGCUGCACGUGCUGCCGCGCAACGGGGAGUGGGAGUACGCGCGCGAGUUUGUGAGCGCGAGCCCCGUGCUGGACGAGGAGCGGCGCGAGGCGUUCCUGCAGGCGCUGCAGGGCCUGCACGAGGAGCAGCUCGCGGCGGCGCGCCGCGACGAGGAGGAGCGCCGCCGCCAGGAGGAGGCCAUACGCCGCGACGUCGAGCAGGCCAGGCGGUUGAGGGCUGAGAACGAGGCGCGCGAGCGCAGGCGGUUGGAGGAGGAACGUGGACGAAGGGCGGAGGGGGAAGGGGGAAGGGAAAAGGGGGUGGUUACGGAAGGGGACUUUGGUGUUGAGAUCACGCCUACGUCGUCUACGCCGCCGCCGCCUAGAUCGGAUGACUCGGUGCGCUCGGAUGUGGGCAAAGCUGGGAGGAGGCCGUUGCCGGGAGUCGGGACAAGGGGAACAGGGGCGAGGAGGGGAGGGGUGACAGCUGGUUCGGGCGGGAAUGCCGUGACUGCGCCGACGCUCAUGAACAGGGCAUCGAUGGUCUUGGCAAAUCUCCGCUCACUGGUGGACGAGAUGUCGGUGGCGUUCCGGACGAACCCGUACGUGCUAUAUCGGACGCUCGCGUUUAUCGUUGGGCUGCUGCUCUUGUUGAGGCGCAAGCGCAUCCGCGAGAGAAUCGCGAGGAUCCUUGCUGUGAGCUGGGCCAAGGUCAAGGCCACCGCCGGUAUGGGAACCAAGGUUACUUAUAUAUAG